AUUACUUCCUUUCCACACUAAACAAGACAGCAAAUGUCAGAUUUGUUACGUUUGUAGCAGAUAGUACCGGUCCAGUUCAAUUAGUAAGGAAUGCAAAACAAAUAUGUCUUUAUAUCAAGAGCGCAUUUGUAGCGAAACGCUUUAAAUGCAAUGAAGAAUACAAUGGAUUUUGUCUGCCUUGCUAAUGAAGUAGCUGUUAGUAGCUAGUUUCUAAGUUAGCUAACAGAAGAUGGUAGCUAACCUUAGUUCUAUUGCCUGCUUUCAUCCGAGGGAAACUCACACUAAUAUUAGCUAACUGGAUGUUAUGAAUUAACCGCUAGCAUCAGGUGCUCUUUUAACGUCUCUCCUGUCUGUUAGGUAGUAGCUACAUCUUAAUAAAAACUUCAGUGAUGGAAGAAGUUGACAAAAUUUUGAUUCACGCCCUCAAACAAGUCGGCAUGGAGGCGAGCGAGGAGAUUGACAGCAUCAAACUGUUCAGCAGUGAGCUUAUAGUGGAGGCGGUGGUCAGAUGUAUCCGGGUGAUCGAUCCAGGCCUGGGCAAUGCGCUGCCCACCUCCCUUCCUCCAGGCAUGUCCGCCCGCUUUAGAGUGGGCAUGAGUCUGGCACAGUCCUGUCAGGACAUUGGUUAUAAAGGAGAGAUAGGCUACCAGACGUUUUUGUACAGCAACGAGCCAGAGAUUCGCUCCCUGCUCAUGUUCCUGGUGGAGAAGCUGCCCAGAGAGAGUGCGCAGUCCUCAGACCAACCAACAGGUAAAUCGGUGGUCCUCCAGAGAGCCAUCGCUGCUGCAAUUAAAGCCCAGCUGGCUGUGCCCUGGCUGCCUUCAAACUGCAGACUGCCAAUGCACUGUGAAACACAAAGUCCAGGAGCAUUUCACAGCUUCCAUGUCCAGCCUCUCAGUUUACCACACUGCACAAAAGGUCUGGGACAGAAGCAGCUGAAAGAGGUAAAGGACUUCCAGUGGGACAUUCUUCCCCCUGUGACUGCCCAGCCUGCCCAUCAUGCCUCAGUUGUGGCAUCCAUAUUGGAGCAGCACACAGCUGAGCUGAGCGCUGCUCAGGAGUGGGACAUAGAGUGGAACAGUCAAGGACUCCUGUCUCGCCUCACACCACAGGAGUAUCGCUCCAGGAAACUGAACCGGCUGCGUAAACGCAUCGAGGAGCAGCUGCGCUCUGCUGCACUGCCCUUUCCUGAAAGUGCCUUGGGUGGUCCAUGCUCCACCUCUGACUUGUCUGAGCUACUGCAGAACUUCAGAGGCUCUGCCCCCUCUGACCACGUCCUGACAAAGGGGACCCACUUCACCCACACCCAGAAGUUUACCUUCGCUCAGGAGGCGGCUGCAGUAACCAGCUCCAUCCCCACUGGGCAUCAGUCAGAAACUGAUAUCCAGCUCCAUCAGCAGGAGGAGCUGACUUCACUCCAGCAGCAAUUGCAGCAGCUCUGCAGUGAUGUUGACCAGCUAGCUGCAGACAUGAAGCACAUGAGUGUCACUAAUACACAGGUUUUGGAUGAGCUGAAGCAUAGGGAGCAGAGAAACUCUGAAAAAGAGGAGAAGAUGCAGGUGAAAAAGAAAACAAUCGACCUUUUGCCAGAUUCAGACAACAACCUGCUAAAGCUUCAGGCUCUGGUGGAGGCCAGUGCCAAGCGGGUGGUGAACCUGGCCUCUCAGUGGGAAAAACACCGUGCUCCACUCAUUGACGAGCUCCGAAGACUCAAAGAAAUCUGCAGCAACCAAGAUCUGGAGUCAUCCAGAAAGCUGUCUGAAAUCAAGUCUUUGCAUGACAGAAUCCGUGUGUCUACAGAUGAGGCCAAGAAGAAGGAAGAAAUAUACAAACAACUGGUAACAGAGUUAGAGAAUCUUCCCCAGGAUGUGUCACGGUCAGCAUACACUCAGAGGAUUCUAGAGAUUGUCAGCAACAUCAAGAAACAGAAGGAAGAAAUUACAAAGAUAUUGUCAGACACUAAGGAGCUCCAGAAAGAGAUCAACAACCUAACAGGAAAACUGGACAGGACCUUUGCUGUGACUGAUGAGCUGGUCUUUAAGGAUGCCAAAAAAGAUGAAUCCGUUCGCAAAUCCUACAAGUACCUGGCUGCCCUGCAUGAAAACUGUAAUCAGUUGAUCCAAACCAUUGAGGACACCGGUACAAUCUUGAGAGAGAUUCGAGAUUUAGAAGAACAGAUUGAGACAGAAAAUGGUAACAAAACUGUGGCUAACCUGGAGAGGAUUCUGGAUGACUACAAGGCUAUUCGACAGGAGAACUCUGCACUUGCUGCCAAAGUCAGAGAAGGCUGAAGGGGAAGCCCCGGCUUGCUCCGCUGUGCCUGCUGAGGCUGAAGUUGUUAAAAACCUGGAGCCAUAGAUGGACUUGAAUGGCACUUAAACAGCGCUGCAGUUUUCACACUGAAGACAUUAUCAGCACACUCUGUUGCCAUACAAGAUUGCUUUUCUUUGGAAAGGCAAGCAGAUAUUGGUACCAUGGAACACUUUUUAAUCGAAAACCUGUGGAUGGAUGAAGAUGUCAAUUAUUUUUUCAUUUCAAACUGAUUUCUAUAGCUGGACGUGCUCUUUGAGGGUCCAUGCACUGGUUUGAUCACUCUGUACCCAAAUGAAACAUCACACUGGACAGCAGAGGGUGCUGUCAGAUCUUUUCUCUUCGAAUGUAAACUGCUUCGUAAUUAAAUGUUUUGGUAAGAUAUCUUGAUUAAAAUCAAAUCUUUGACUUGGAAUUUUUAAUACAUGAAUUAUUCAACCAUUUUCAGACAGUAGCAGUUCCUUCGUUGUCAUGAUAUUUGAACUGAAUAUGUUGAGUAAAUGGCAUUGAAUGUUGUCCAGCUCCAUCAGCAAGGUAUUCUUGUAUAUAUGAUACCAGCUUAAAUAAAGAUGUCUUACUUAAAGAGCA